CGCAGGUAUCUACGUUCUCCUACCCAUGGCGCUGAGAGUUCUUGAAAAGAUACAACGGGUAAUUAGAUACGAGCUGAAUUUGGAGGGCUCGUCUGAGAUUGCAAUGCCCAUGCUUCAUCCAGCAUCCUUGUGGAAGAAAUCAGGUAGGUGGUCUGAGAUGGGCCCCGAGCUGAUGAGACUUACAGAUAGGCGGGGUUCAGAUUACUGCCUAGGGCCCACACACGAGGAAGUUAUCACAAGCUUAGUUGCAGAUGAGAUACAGUCGUUCCGGAAUCUCCCCGUCCGCCUAUAUCAGAUAGACAGGAAAUUCAGGGACGAAAUUCGUCCUAGAUUUGGGCUAAUCAGGGCCCGGGAAUUCUGGAUGAAGGACCUGUACUCGUUUGACAAAACACCUUCAGACGCAGUAGCUUGGUAUAACGUGAUGCUAAAGUCGUACAGCAAUAUUCUGAACCAUCUUGGUCUCCGCCACGUACGUGCAUUGGCAGAUACAGGCGCCAUCGGAGGUUCGCUAUCGCACGAACUCCACGUGAUCUCUGAGAUUGGCGAAGACAACAUCGUACACUGUAAUGGCUGCGGCUACGCUGCCAACGAUGAAAAAGCCGUAGGUAGACUUCGCUUGCCCGAAAGAACUGCGCUGCCAGAUGCAUCUAAUCACUCGAAUGCUGUAGGAGGCGUGAAUAACCUGAUUGGAAAGAUACACGAUGUUUUCGGCGAUUCUAGGAUACAGAUAGUUGGUCUGAGGUUUAAGCGCUAUCAAGCAGAUACCACAAGCAAAGCCAUCGCCGCUUCAUCACCGAUUGACCUGCAAGGGGUAGCCCUACUUCCAGAAGGCCGAUCAAUAAAUACUAUUAAGCUGCCUAAGCCUGAAGCACCCGACAGCCAAGCUGGAGAAUGGGAAGCAUGCAAAGUCGACAGCACUUUCACGAUUGAUGGUUUGAAGGUGUUCCUGGAUCAAGAUGCAGGGCUUUCCGAAUUCUCAGUUCCUCAAGCUUGGGAUGUCGCUGGAGGUCAAUUUUGCUUGAUUGAACAAGGCGAUCAUUGUCUCGACUGCUCAGGUACCCUAAAUGUAGAUAAGGGCAUUGAGGUUGGGCACGCCUUCUAUUUGGGUACCAAAUACUCCGAAAAGUUUGGAUGCACAUACAAGGAUGAAUACAACAAGAAGUCAUAUGUAGAAAUGGGAUGCUAUGGACUUGGAGUCUCUCGGAUUUUAUCUGCCAUGAUCGAAAAUAAUCACGACGCACGUGGGCUUCUCCUACCGGAGAUAGUGGCUCCAUAUCUAUGUUGCAUUGUGCCCCUGGGCAUCAACAAAGAUCAAAUCGCCCAGAAGCUUCUCGAUGUUGCUGACGUGCUACAUGCAAGGCUGUCUGAUGCUGUGCCGAAUCUGGAUCAGGAAUUGGUUGUUGAUGACAGAACGAGUCUUGGCGCAGGGAAGAAACUGGCAGAUAGCGAACUGGUUGGAAUUCCAAUCCGCAUUAUUUUAGGGAACGAUAUGUUGCAGAUCUGGAGUGAAGACACCGAUGCAAUCAGCAGAAAAUUGCAGAAGGGUUUGUCGCUCGAAGUGGUUAUUGGAAGAGAAAAAUGCAGUCUCACCUUGGAAGAAUUGGAGAUCAAACUAGGCGAAUCCAUGAGAGCAUUGAUCUAAGCUUGAAUUCUCAACGUGAUCAUACAAGUGUUUUCCGAAUGAUGUGGUUCAAUUGUGGGUAGUGCAUCUAAAAAUCAUGAAUUUAAUAGACCACACAUGGUCGUGAAACUAAUUUUGAAAGAAAAAAGUGGGCGGGUAACACUAUAUCUUCAGUCGGACUUUUAUCUAUGUGAGUGUAAAUGAACCGACUUUUCAACCUUGAUGCGUUGACAAAUGUACAACCUAAGAGUACAUAGUAUACUCACAACGCUAAAUCAACUAAAAACUAUGGUGAGUUCUUGUCACGAACUUUACGGACGUGAAAACUCUCAACAAGCGGUAAUCACCUAUAUGGCAGGCAUUAAAUAGCACGAAG